AUGUCCUCAAACGAAGAUUCCAGAUCUAAAACUAAACGGCAGUGUAUAAGUUGCUUGAAAAAAUUUCUCGCGUUCUUCUUUAGUACGGUUGGUUCGUGCUGUUCUCUCGUCUGUUACACCACUUUUGGCGGGUUUUUGUUCGUUUAUUUGGAGUCUGAGAACGAGAGGCACGUCAGGAACGACAUGCGGUCGAACAAGGAUAAGGUGGUAGAAACUCUGUGGAACCUGACAAAAGAAAUGAACAUCCUACAUGAAAGGAACUGGUCUAGAAUGGCUGAGAUGGUUUUGAAAAACUUUACCGAAGAAGUUUAUAAGAACUCAAAGAUGAAAGGUUGGGAUGGUUCAGACGCUUCGACAGAUGAUGUCUUGCAAUGGGAUUUUGCUGGCUCCUUACUCUACAGCAUCACUGUGGUCACUACUAUUGGUUACGGCCACAUAACGCCUAAAACGGCCUGGGGCCAACUUGCCACCAUAUUUUACGCCAUCCUAGGAAUUCCCCUAACCCUUUACACCAUCACUAACUUAGGAUCCAUCAUGGCCGCAGCCUUCAGGUUUAUAUACGGCUACAUAAUUUAUAACAAAUCAAACAUGUUCAUUCCUGCUAAGAAACGUGACAAUGGUAAAGAUAGAAACCUCAUAAACCGAAUCCUGUCAUGUCUUCAACGCCACAACAAACAUAUUGACAACAAAUCAUCAAUGAAAGACUCAGCCAGUUCAGCACCUCAAACAACCAUGAAAAACAAAUUAAAAAGCCGAACUUUCUUUCUAAAACCGAUCCCUUCCACGUCAACUUCACAAGACAUCAAUAAAAUACGUGUCCCUAUAUGCGUCAGUCUUGUUCUCAUGCUAGCCUACCUGGCUCUUGGCUCGUUGAUAUUUCGUGCUAGCGAGGACUGGAGCACUUUGGUGUGUUUGUACUUCUGCUUCAUCACUCUGUCUACAAUUGGGUUUGGAGAUUACGUGCCAGGGGUGAAGUUGGAUGAGCCCGGGUCAAAAAAGUUUAUGAUUGUCUGCGCUGUCUAUCUCCUCUUUGGGUUGGCCCUCAUUGCCAUGUGUUUCGAUCUGAUUCAAGAAGAAGUAUGUAGAUUGGAAAUAAGUUUUUAA